CGCGCGGCGGCGAUGGCUCUGGCGGGGCUGGUGCUGGUGCUGGCGGCGGCCGGCGUUUCUCCCUCUGCAGCGGCGCAGGUGGAGGUGACGCUGCCCGGCCGGGGCGGCGGCUGCACCUUGCAGGGAGCGUUGCUGAGCCGGCCCGGCUUGGAACUGCAAGCGGCGGCGGCCGUGCGGGGCAGCCUGGUGCUGGUGAAUGACACCGAGCCCCGGCUGGACCAUGAGGACACCUGGAUUGGCGUGGUUCCGGUGGUGGAGGAGGAAGAAGCAGAGACCCCCAAGCGCCACAAAGAGGAGUCCUUCGCCAGCACAGUGGUCGACAAGAUGAAACGGGCCCUAGUUCUGGGGGCUUCGGCCCUGCUCAUCCUUGCCCUGAACCAGAACCGAAUCCGAGAGCUGGAUGUCUCCCAGGUCCUUUCAAAGCCCGUGGUGGUAGUCCAGACUUCGGAAAACGUGACCAAACUCCUUGGGGCGCUGCUGCGAGGUCUCCAGGCCACAGCGAAGAUUACAUACCAAGCAGGGCUGCUGGAGAACAUGGGGGUGACCCUGACUCUCUGGUCCACGUGUGGCCUCUCGCGGGGUGGCAUGUAUGCCGAGUGGCAGGGCGUUAUCUGCAUGGGCGAAAACAGCUCCAAGGUCCAGAAAUACCUCCAGCAGCUGUGGAAUGCCAUCCUGCUCAUUGCGUUCAUCCUGUGCACAGGUGUGAUUGUGCAGGCACGACGACAAUCCCGGCACAGUCAGUUGGACCAAGAAUCUGAGCUGGAUCUCAAGCAGCACAUGGCCCAGAAGCUGCUGGCAUUGAAAACCCGGCGUUACCAUCCGGGCAGGGCACCGCACAGCUGGGCACACGAGAUUGACAGCUGUGCCAUCUGCCUGGACCAGUUUCAGAGGAAUCAGUGUCUCCGGGUGCUGCCCUGCCUGCACGAAUUUCACCGGGACUGCGUUGACCCCUGGCUUCUCCUGCAACAGACUUGCCCUCUCUGUAAACACAACGUUCUCGGAAACUGUUGCUGAGAAAGGUAGCAAAACCUGUUCUUCUUGCACUCAAGGGAAGAGCGCAUCUCCCCGAGAAGCCAUUCUCUAGAGAGCAAUGUUUUCCCCCCCCCCUCAAACGUGGCCGCUUCUUAAGACGGGUGGACUUCAACUCCCAGAAUUCCCCCAGCCAACCCUCAAACCAGAAUUCUGGGGAGUUGAAGUCCACCUGUCUUAAAAAGCGUCCACGUUUGAGAGAAACGCUGCCCUUGGGUUUUGGACAGUCUCUGGGUUUGCUUCGACCAGAGAAGCUGCUGCUCCGGAGCCCCGCCAGGACAAGGAACGACGGCCGCAGAUGUAAACAAGGCGUCCCUCUCUUCCGUCGGCCUCGUUUGUGCAUCCUCUCCUGCCACCACCACCACCCCGGACUGAAAUCCAUGCCCUUAUCGGCGUGCGUGUGUUCUCCGGACAUUUUUGUGCAGCGUGGAUUCCGAGCUGGGGUGAACCUGCCCUUCGGGGGAGCCCACCUGGGUGUCCCCGUCUCGUGGAGGGACGAAGACGAUGGCCGACACGACGUGAGGUUUCCAACGGUCUCCUUUUUAGUGACGAUUUGCAAAGGG